AUGUGUGAGGGGCUCGUUGGCAAGCUGUUGCCGCCGUGCCUCUGCAAUGCCAAGGACGGCGGCAGCGUCGGGGAUGGCCACCGUCUCCGCGCGGUCGUGGUCUCUCCGCCGGAUGUCGCGGUCGCUGUUUUGAAUGAAUCGACGACGACCAUGACAACGUGCAAGGACCCGCCGCCGCCGCCGCUCUUGGCCGACAGGCCGUCGUUGACCAGGGGCGCGGCGAGCGAGGCCGCAUCGAUUUUGAGGCUGUCAUUGCCGAUGAUCAUGACGGGUCUCAUACUCUACGUGCGGCCGAUGAUAUCGAUGCUCUUCCUUGGCCGUCUCGGCGAGCUCGCCCUCGCCGGCGGGUCCCUCGCCAUCAGCUUCGCCAACAUCACGGGCUACUCCGUCCUGUCCGGCCUCGCCAUGGGCAUGGAGCCGGUGUGUGGCCAGGCCGUGGGCGCCAAGAACCUCCCCCUCGUCGGCGCCACCAUGCAGCGGAUGGUGCUCCUCCUCCUCGCGCUCUCCGUGCCCGUCGCCUUCCUCUGGGCGCACAUGGAGCCGCUGCUCCUGCUGUGCGGCCAGGACGCCGCCAUAUCGGCCGCAGCGCAGCGCUACAUUCUCCUCUGCCUCCCUGACCUUCUCUUCCAGUCGUUCCUCCACCCUCUCCGCAUCUACCUCCGCACCCAGUCCGUCAACUUCCCGCUCACUGCCUGCGCCGUGCUCGCCGUCACCAUGCACCUCCCCAUCAACUACCUCCUCGUCUCCGUCCUCGGCCUCGGUGUCGAAGGCGUCGCUCUCGCCUCUGCCUUGGCCAACCUCAACCUCGUGCUCCUCCUCCUCGCUUACAUCUACUUUUCCGGCGUGCACCGAGCCACCGGCGGCUUCACCCUUUCUGAGAAGCUGUUCAAGGACGUUACCGGGUGGAUGCGGCUGGCCCGGCUCGCCGUCGAGAGCUGCGCCAGCGUGUGCCUCGAGUGGUGGUGGUACGAGAUCAUGAUCCUUCUCUGCGGCCUCCUGGCGGAUCCCAAGGCGACCGUGGCGUCCAUGGGGGUGCUCAUCCAGACCACGUCCCUGCUCUACAUCUUCCCGUCGUCGCUCAGCUUCGGCGUGUCGACGCGGGUCAGCAACGAGCUCGGAGCGAACCGCCCGGGCGCCGCGCGAGCUGCGGCCCGUGCGGGGCUCGCGCUGAGCGCGCUCCAGGGCCUCGCCUCCUUCCUGUUCGCCGUGUCCGUGCGCGACGUGUGGGCGCGCAUGUUCACGCCGGACGCGUCCAUCCUGGCGCUCACGGCGUCCGUGCUGCCCAUCCUCGGGCUCUGCGAGCUCGGCAACUGCCCGCAGACCACCGGCUGCGGGGUCCUCCGCGGGAGUGCGCGCCCCAAGGACGGCGCUCACAUCAACCUGGGCGCGUUCUACGGCGUCGGCACGCCCGUGGCCGUGGCGCUGGCGUUCUGGGCGGGGCAGGGCUUCAGGGGCCUCUGGCUCGGCCUCCUGGCCGCGCAGGCCGCCUGCGUCGCCGUCAUGCUCGUGGUGAUCUCCCGCACGGACUGGGCCCAACAAGCCGAGCUCGCGCAGGUGCUCGCCGGAGUUGUUGCGCCCGGCGGCCACGCCGUUGUGAACGGAGACGACGACGACGGUGGGAAAGAGAAAGACACGGGGCCGCAUGCCAAGGUUGCGGCAUCGCAUGGCGACGAGGACUCCAGCUUGCUCAUCACCGUGCAGGGCUGA